AUGGAUGCACCACAGCUUGAGGCUGGUUUGCCUACGGCAACCCAGGAAAAACAGUCCCUAGUGGCAGCCUACUCGCCUAGCACAGCACACAACGAGCCCCAGCCACAGCAUCGCAGGAAGAUGCAGUCUUCGAGGCGUGUUAUUCUUGUCGUACUGGCCUUGGUCCUUGUCACUCUGGGCGUGGCGUCCGCAGUACCAGCACGGCCAUGGGGAUACGGUCCUUGCGACACUCAGGAAGUCGAGGGCAUCCAUGUUCAAUCCGAAGGAGGCAGUGAGGAUUCGGGCAGCUUCCCCUGCCUAUUAAACGCUGUAUCCAGCGAGGCUCUGCACGAUGUGCUGCACCGGUACUUUCCCAAGCGCUUCAAGGAUGGCAUUUAUGAGUCCGAUAAGAACGCCAUGGAGGCCGUGCACCGCGAAGACGCCUCUCUGGCAACAUCGUUGGUGAAAAUCGCCAAGCGCCAAGGUGGUGGCGGCAACAACACCACCACCACCGCCGCGCCGACGACUCCGCAGCCGACGACGCCGACCACCAGACCGGCUCCUACGACACCCACCACCACUCCCGUCGAGACUACCCCGACAAGUCAACCACCCACGACGGGGCCUGCUCCUACCACUCCUUCGACGCGGCAAACUACUCCUAGUACGUCACCAUCAACGACGUCGGCUGGGCCGACCACUAGUCAGGGCACAACGACACCUACAAGCACGUCGUCUACCACGCGCGUGCGGUCCUCAAAGCCUGUGACGUCCACCUUCACGUCCACUGCCUCCAAUGGCGGACUGGUUAUUGUUACCCAGACAUCAUUUGUGGAUGCCGACCCGGGUGAGCCUACUGGUACCAACCCCAGUGGAAGUUUACAGACCAACGUGGCGGUGCCGCGCACUCGCAACGUUGCUGUUGAGGCUUUCGCCGGUGUCUUGUUGGGCGGGUUAAUUCUCGUAUAA